AGAAAUGAAAAAUUAAAUUUAAUUAGUGAUUUUUCAAAAAAUAUGAUGCUUACAAAAAAUGUAUUAAAAAAUGUUCGACAUUAUAUGCAUCGAUGUGAUGUUAAAAAAUUUGAAAAAUUAAACAAGGAGUCAUAUUAUGAAUUAGAAAGAAUGAUUCAAGCUAUAAUAAUUGAAGAAAAAGAUCUGACUGCAUCCCGUGAUUCUUGCAGCGAAAAUUGUAAUCUUCGUGACACUAUUGAUCAUGCAGAGUGUACAGAAUUAUAUGAAUGCCGAUUUAUUGACAGUAGUUUAGAUAUUUGUGAACUAAGCUAUGAAGAUCCUACAAGACGCUACGCUUGGUUUAGAGACAGCAACGGAGUAAUUUAUGGUGAUAAUAAUAACGAAAAGUGUCCUCGAGAACUAAGAUCUGUUUAUAGUUAUUAUAAUCCUCUAGGAUUGACCUACUGUGAUUAUUGUGUAUGUAGUUGUGUAAGAAAAUCAAAACGUGAAUAGAUGGCAGUCACUGCUAUCAGUUUUAGGGACCAAGUCUCAAAUAUUAAUGAAAACAGAGUUGUCGUGGGUAUCAGAUUCAUCAAGAAAAAUUAUAUGAUUCAUGUGCAAAUAAAAGAAGGAAUUUUAAAACCACAAGCGUUAGUAGAUGAAGCGGCAUGGAAGGAUAUAGAGAAAUUUGAUUACAACGACGAAAUUGAAAAAUAUUAUGUUCAACAAGUCAAUAAAAGCUGGAACCCAUUAACAUUGGGAGUUGACUAUGGGCAUCCACAAACUUUUAAUUUUGACGAUUUAAUUGCACCGGAGGGUUAUGUCGUUACUGGUGUUAGAUUAAGAUUUGCUAUUGACUCACUUGAUUCACCUCAAUUAAAAAGCGGCCCAAUUGAAUUACAAAUUAGAGUGACACCUUUUGACUAUUUUCAAGGAGAAAUUAUGAACCACAAUCAGACUUAUUGGAUAUCAUCGGAUUACAGAGCUUUUAGAAAUGAAUUGAUUAUAGAAAACCCCGACAAACCAACAAAAUCUUCAGAAAAUAAACCGGAUUCAAGAACAAAUCAAUUUAUAAGGUUUCAAGCUUCUGAUUUAAAAAAAGAUGCUGGUCAAUCGACAGUCCCAUUUUUUGAUUCAUUAGAGGCCGAAGGUUAUCCUGAAUUUCCUCUGGGAGGUGUAGGAAUAAUGCACCGUGGUCAUGAAGGUUUUGGUGGAUUUUUAGCAUUUAGAAUAUUUGACCUUAAUCUUUCUAAUUAUUUUAAUGAUCGAUUUUAAUCUAUAUAAAAAAAAAUUCCUUUUUUUUAUACUUAUAAAAAAUUAUU